AUGGCUACAUCAGCUGCAUCCACUGAUACCUCAUCAACACCGUCGACGCCUCGCAAAUACAAUCUCCGCAACCCUAUGCCGCUGUCAGCGGCCCAGGAACAAGAAGUCAAGAAGCUCUACUACAAGCGCGUACGUAGCCACUGCGCUCCUGAAAUCAAGGCCUUCGCCGAAUGCGCCGUCAACCGAACUGUCACCGCUACUUGGGUAUGCCGGCAACAGCGCCUUGCCAUGAACUCAUGUAUGCUCGCUCAUGCAAACAAUCCUGAGGAAGAAGACCGAGCACGCGAGGAGUGGUUCGCAACAUACGAGGAGCGGAGACGUGCGAAGGAAGUGGACCUGGCCAAGGUUGAGCAGCGCCGCGAGGAGGUCAUUCGCAUGAUGAGGGCAGAUGAGGAGCGACAACGUCAGCAGGCUCAGGGGAGGUGA